AAAUAUGAUGCGUCCGUGUUACAUUUGCAAAUUGCGCGAUCUGAUAACGCAUAAUUUAAUUUCAUUUAAUCUGGUACUAGGGAAAGAUGUAGCACAGGACGCGCAAAAUGAUGUUUUAUCGGCAGUGUCGGAAAAUGAACGUGGCUACGUAGUACCAAUUUCGAGAAUGGAUGUACUGACGGUAGUGCACGAGGGCUUUCGACGGUCCCACGAAAAAGGCAGCCUCUCUCAGACUUCAUACCGUACAUACAUAUGUCUUCUAUAAUUCAAACAGGCACGAGGAACAGACAACAGAAUACAGAGGAAGUAACACCGUGCUGAAUCGAAAUGACAUAAUUUUCAACCGGACGAGAAAGAGAAUUGCAAAAUAUUUUAACGUGGGAAUUAUUUAUAAGAUAGGAAUUAAGGUGCCGCCAAUGUUGUACAGGACAAGAUACUGCCUCUCAAGCAAGUCCGCAAUUUGUUGGGUAAAGAUUCAAUUAGAGAAUAUUAGUCGCAGAACCACGUCAGUUACAAUGCAUCCUACAACUGAUUCUGAAGUAAAUACUGAUGUAAGUACCAUGCAUGGAAAUAAGAGACCUAUAGACGAUGGCAGUGAGAAUGAGGCCAAGAUACAAAAGACAGAAGCAGAAACGGUACAAAUGACAGAAGCAGAAAUGGUACAAAGAAUCAAGAGGAAAAAUCACGCCAUGUUAUUGGGCUACGUUGGCAAAGACUAUUACGGCAUGCAAAGAAAUCCUGGUAUGAAGACUAUCGAGGAAGAUUUGAUUAGUGCCUUACUGAAGGCAGACCUGAUAACUCAAGAACAAUUUGAAAAUAUACGUGCAAUCAAUUUUCAAAGAGCCGCACGUACAGACAAGGGAGUAUCGGCAAUUAGGCAGGUUGUGUCACUGAAGCUACCGGAGAACACUGAUAAGACAGUAAUAAAUCAAUUCUUACCUGAUGUAAUCAGAGUAUUUGGAAUAAAACGCGUAACAAAGGGUUUCAAUAGCAAAAAUCAAUGUGACGCACGUACUUAUAGAUAUAUCAUUCCUUCUUUUGCAUUUGCAUUAGAAGAUCAGAGUUUAUUAAAACUUGGAGAGGAAGUUAACGAAGAUGAGAGAAUCAAACAGUUAUCGGUUAUUGACGGAAAGCCAUACACGGAUUAUAGAUUAUCUCCAGACUCUUUAAAUAGAUUAAAUUCGAUUUUAAAACUUAUGGAAGGUUCUCACAACUUUCAUAACUUCACGUCGAAAGUGAAACCAUUAGAUCCACGUGCACGGCGCUACAUAAUCAGUUUCUGCUGCUCGGAGACGUUUGUCUCAAACGGUAUAGAAUUUGCGGUAUUAGAAGUUAAAGGGCAGAGCUUCAUGUUGCAUCAAAUUCGAAAAAUGGUCGCAACUAUAACCGCAGUUGCGAGAAACAUGGUACCCGAGGAGACAAUCAAUGAAGCGUUCAAGACAAUGGACAAGAUGGACAUACCACUUGCACCCAGCUUAGGAUUGUGUCUGUGUCAUGUGCAUUACGAUAAUUACAGUAAAAGAUAUGGCGCGGACGGUCUCCAUGAAACGCUAGAUUGGAAGGAGUGUGAAGAAGAAGUACAGAAGUUUCAGAAAGCGUAUAUUUUGCAGCAUAUGGUGGACACAGAAAUUUCAGAACAAACGACGUUGAAGUGGCUCGCUGGUCUUCCUUUUUAUUCGUUUAGUAACAGAGAUGUACUACCUGUGGAGGACGAUGAAAAACAACUACCCGUUGAGAAUGAUGAACAACAAGAAACUGUGCAUAAUGUCGUUUAGGUGUAAAUGUUAGGUGUAAAAUAGCUCAGUCUCUGUAUCAAACAUAUUAAGAAAUAUUAAAGAAAGUUUUUAAAUUAUUA